AACCCAAACAAGGAAAAAUAUCUGCGUUUUCUGAUAGUUUCGAAUUAACGCAGGAGAAAAACAGACCUCCACAGAGCCCUGCGAUUGGAAACCCGCACUGGAUGUAGAAGAGAGAAGGCUGAGCGCGGAUGCUCAAUACACGGACAGAAGGACAAGGGAGAAAAACAGAAAGGACCAAUAAAUCCUAGAGAGGAAUAAUCUUUUGCAGUCAUCAACGAUGGACUCCAGUUAUCGGCAUUGAGUUCUUCAGUCAUUCUGAUGACCACAGUCACUCAUGGCCCUCAUGCAUGAACCUCGCGCCCCAUCGCCCUCUCUUUCCGGCUUCAACACACCCCUCUCCGAUCCUCCGUCCUUUCGCCGCCUCGAUGCCGAAACACCCUGCACCCCAGAAAUGGACUUGACCCCAACCCAAUGCGUCCUUCGCAACGUCCUCUCCAUAGACACCGGAGGUGCUGUGGAACCCGGGGGUGGAGGAAGAGAGGGGCACACUACCGGACACAACCAGACACCCUGCGAGGAACAACAGGAGCACUUUGCCAACAGUGUCCUGAAACUCCAUGAGCAUGAUGGCGGUCCUGGAAGGACGGAGGGAGAGGGACAGGAUACGGACAGCAGUGCAGUCAGGAGCCAGGCGAAUGACGCCAGGUUACAGUGCCAGUCUACAGGAGGGGGAGGAGGGUUUUUGGAGGGGUUGUUUGGGUGUCUGCGGCCUGUCUGGACAAUGAUCGGCAAAGCCUACUCCACAGAGCACAAGCAUGACCUGGACGAGGAGUGGGAAGUCCCAUUCGAGGAGAUAUCGGACCUGCAGUGGGUGGGCAGCGGAGCCCAGGGCGCCGUCUUCCUCGGUAAACUGCACGGGCAGGAAGUGGCUGUGAAGAAAGUGCGGAACAUUAAAGAGACGGACAUCAAGCACCUGCGGAAGCUCAAACAUCCCAACAUCAUCACCUUCAAAGGUAUCUGUACCCAGGCUCCUUGUUAUUGUAUCAUCAUGGAGUACUGCGCCCAGGGACAGCUAUACGAGGUGCUGAGAGCAGGCAGGAAGAUCACGCCAUCCCUGCUCAUGGACUGGGCCAUGGGCAUCGCUGGAGGCAUGAACUAUCUUCACCUCCACAAAAUCAUCCACAGAGACCUCAAAUCACCCAACAUGCUGAUCACCUAUGACGACGCAGUGAAGAUCUCUGACUUUGGCACAUCUAAGGAGCUCAAUGACAAGAGCACUAAGAUGUCCUUUGCUGGCACUGUAGCCUGGAUGGCCCCCGAGGUCAUACGUAAUGAACCGGUCUCGGAGAAGGUGGAUAUUUGGUCAUUUGGUGUUGUGCUGUGGGAGAUGUUGACAGGAGAGGUGCCGUACAAGGAUGUGGACUCCUCCGCUAUCAUCUGGGGAGUGGGCAACAACAGUCUGCAGCUGCCCGUGCCCGACAGCUGUCCAGAGAGCUUCAAACUGCUGCUGAGGCAAUGCUGGAACUGCAAGCCCAGAAAUAGACCUUCAUUUCGACAGAUUCUCCUGCAUCUGGACAUUGCCUCAGCGGAUAUAUUAUCAACCGCACAAGAAACUUACUUUAAGUCUCAGGCGGAGUGGAGAGACGAGGUGAGACAUCAUUUUGAGAAGAUUAAGUCUGAGGGCACGUGUCUUCACCGGCUGGACGAGGAGCUGAUCAAAAGACGCAGGGAAGAACUGAGACAUGCACUGGACAUCCGAGAACACUACGAGAGGAAGCUGGAGAGAGCCAAUAACCUCUACAUGGAACUGAAUGCUAUCAUGCUGCAGCUGGAGAUCAAAGAGAAGGAGCUGCUUAAGAGGGAGCAGUCACUGGACAAGAAGUACCCAGGCUGCUUCAAGCAUCACAGUACCAGACAGUCAGCCUCCUCCAAUUCCAUGGAGAAACUCAUGAAGAAACGCAAUGUACCUCAGAAACUGCCCUCACACAGCAAGAGGCCAGACUUACUAAAGUCAGAGGUCAUCCUCCCUAAGCUGGACUCGUCCAUGACCCAGGUCACAAUCCCCAACAAGGGCUCUACCUCCCCCGGCCGCUCACGCCGAGGAAAACCCCGCUACAGAAAGGCUGGAAAAGGCAGCAGUGGCGACCUGGCUCAGCUGAAAGCCACUUUGUCCUCGUCUUUAGCAAUGAUCAAUGCAACCUCGUCUGUUCCCAGCAAGCACCGUCUAGACCCCAGCGCAGCCCUCAGGGGCUUACAGCAUGACCUUCUCCUCAAGAAGAUGUCCUCCUCCAGUCCCGAUCUUAUUUCUACCACUCUGGAGGUCGAGGGCCGGAGGAAAGGCCAGGUGAGAUCAGGGCUGGACAGAGCGGGCAGUCAGAGCGCCUCAGCUGGGCUGGAAGAGAGCAGAAGGACUGAUGGGCCAGAGCAGGGCCCUGACGUGGGUGUAGGGGGGGAUGACUUGGCAGAAACGCCUCCACGCAGUGACACACCGAGCGAAGACGCGGCAUCUAUUCCUUUUUCCAGUAGCCCUGACUCCCCUUGUGGCAGAGGAGCAGCGGCGGGCAGGGCGUCCACACUCGGGAACGCUCGUGUCACCCACGAAGGUGAGGAGAAGGAGGAAGGGCCGGUGAUCACACGCUCGCCCAGAAGUCAACGGCUUACGCCUUCAGCACUGCUCUACAGGGCAGCAGUCACACGCAGUCAGAGACGUGGAGUGUCAUCAGAGGAAGAGGAAGGAGAAGUGGACAGUGAAGUGGAGCUGCCGAGGAGACGGCGGCCUGUGAGCAUCACCAAAUGCCAGUCCCUGUCGACCUUUAGCUCAGAGAACCUAUCGGUUUCGGACGGUGAGGAGGGCAACACUACUGACCACUCCCACAGCGGUACGCCCGACGUGGUCAGCACCAACACAGACGAGCGACUGGACGACAAGAGCGACGACCUGCUGUCUCAGGGCUCGGAGAUUCCUGCUGACCCGUCUGACCCCACUCAGCUGGGCUCCGAUGGUCUGUCCGAAAAAGAAGCCAUUCUGCAACAAGUCAAGACGCAGCUCGCCUCAAAUGACCCCAAUUAUGAGGGCCUGUAUGAUGACUCAGACUGUGACAGUGCAGAACUGGACCAUUCGUGCACUGCAGACCCCAGUCAACCUCCAACCAACUGGUGAAAACCCAACACCUCUAACCCACUCCACCACCUGCAGACCUGGCCUCUCAAUACCUCCUUCACUCUAAGAAACUGAGUCAUUAUCAGGGACAUCGCAGAGAGGCAGGAAAUUGAGCCCUGUGUUCUUAAAAACCACAUAUCCUGGUUAAGGAAACAAAAAAAAAAAAAGGAAAGUUGCAUUUCCCUUGGAGAUGAAUGCAGCACGGGGAUGUGAAAGUGAAUUGGGACACUAUCCGAGCUGACAGAGCAACAGCACCUUUUGUUCUCUGAAAUCACAUCAAAUGACACCUCAGCGACACAAGCUUCGAUCAAAGAGGCCGACGUCUCCACUGUCUGUUGUCAUAUUGUUUUCGUGUCCUCAGUCAUAAUUCACGUCCGUUUUUCAUUUUCAUCCUAAUGAAAAUGAUCAUGAAACUAUUUAAAUGGCUUGUUUUAAAUGUCACGAUUAAUGGAGACGACCAGUGUCGCUCCUUUUACUUAUAAUUUAUGAAAUCUUUUGACUUUUUAUCUUAAAAAAAACCUUAUGCACUAUUUAUUUUAUUAGAAAGAAAACAAUGUUUACAUCUUUUUGUGUCGUUUACAUUUUUAUUUAUAUAUCGUGUCACAGAUUACGUUUCCAUUUUCUACUUCUGGUUUUAAUAUCGAUGUAAAUAUGGGAUGUAAAAUGAACAAAUUUUUAAAAUGUGAGAUUGUAUAAUUUAAGGUGCUGAUGUUUCUAAUUAGGUGGAACUAUUUUAUUUGAACUUCUUUCUAAAGCUCUCGGUAGUAGAAUGUACUGUAGCUGCUGUUCAUGUCCGAGCAUCCUAACAGAAAAAGGAGGAACAAACAUGUGAACAAGGAAAAAGCAAUAUGUCUGCUCUGGUCUCAUAGCCGGGUUCUUUUAGGACAGAUGAGCUUUUUUAAAAAAUACUUAUCGCACGUGUUUACUGUAUUUAAAAAUGCAAGGUCAUUUUAAAACAUAUUCCCCCGUUUGUAGCAUUGAGAAAAAGCAUGCAAGUGAAAUAGUAGGGACACCUUAUUGAAGUCAAACGCCGUCUGUGUCUCGGCUCCAACAUAAGAACAUCUGCAGAGAUGUAUAGCCUCCAGUGCCCAGUGACUGAAGGCACAGGAAACACCAAUACAGAUCCUACAGCGUGGUAAUUUUAGAAGCUGAAAAUCAUUUAUGCAAAAACCCGUUCGUGUCCAGUAACUGAUUUAUCUCUGGCAGAAACAUUACAUCAACAUCAUUUAUCUCUUUAAAUGUGAACAUUUUGGACCCAGACGUUGCCAUUUUCAUGCCCAUUUAAUUUGGCCAAUUUUAUUUAUAGUCUACUCUGAACAUAAUCAUUGGCCUCUCCGGCUGAAAACUUCGCCAUCCAAUGGCUAUUCUUCACUCUUGUAAGGGCUGCGUCAUAAACCGUGACACCUAAAACCCUGAUGUUUGUUCUCCUUGGCAAAUGUCCUUAAUGUGCACGUGCCUCAAUCUGACCGUACAACAGCACAUCACGUUAUUCCAUGAAUCCAUGACUGAUCAGGUCACACUCUAUAAGCUAAAAAUACAAAAAGGCAGCUUAUUUUGUUCAUCUUUGAAAAGAAAGAAAGAGACAGGUUAUCUUUUGCAGUUUAUAUUUGUAGAAAGAUUUUACAGAUUGUGCCCCCCAAGGUUUGAAGCUAGAAAUCCUCCUGCAGGAUUAAAAUGUUGCCAAAAAGCAAGACUACUGCCCUCUAUUGUCCAAUCGUGGAGGUACUCAUGUUUCCCAUGAUGCUCACUGAAAGCAACCCUGUUAAAUGUUGGCUUUUUAUACUGCAUUAUUGUAACUGUACAAUAACUAUAUUUAAAAAAGAAAAAAAUGAAAUGCCGUUAAAAAUAAAUUCAAACUUGUAAAGCGAACGUGUGGUUUCACUUUCCUUUCACAUGGUGACAAAACUCGCGAGAGGGUUUGUGGUUUAAGCAUUUCACAUCUUUAUUUCUGUAUUCUUUUUAAACAACGUGGCACCCAGGUCUACAGUCUCAAAGGAAAAAAAAUAAACGUGCACAAAAGUUUUUCCUUUCCUGCAAAUAAAAAAUAAAUUCUUGAGCAGAGCAAAGAGCAGGAAACUAGUGUUAACUCACAACCCUUUCUACUUCCAGAGCAUCAGUGAUUUCAGUUCUUAGCCUCAUUACAUUUAACAGAUCAGUGUCCAGGAGUUCACCCUCCCUCCCACCACCCUACUUUGGUAGUUAAAAAAAAAUAUUUCCUCCAUUUAAAACAAAUAUUUCAACUUUUGUUUAGUAUAUAAUCAGUCUUUACAAAAACAGCAGGGAGAACCCUCUGCUUCCAAUCCCUUAAGCCGACCCCAAAUCCCAAAAAAACAAAACAAAACCUCCCAUCCCAGCAAAAUAUCAACACAUGAUCUCAGGACAGGAGCGGGAAGGUUUAGGAAUGACAUGUAAAGGGAAGAAAUGUGACAUGCGUAGUCAUACACACUUUAAAUUAUCUGGAUAAAUUCAUCUGAGUGUUAGAACAUUUACUAAAUAACCGAAUAUAAUCAGUGACGGUGCAUGUACAGCUACGUGUUCUCGUCAGUGACACAAGUGCAAUCCAUGUUACAAGCACUUCAAUUGAAAAGGUGACAAAGGGGGAGAAUGCUGUGUAUAUUUAAAGCAAGUAAGUACAGGUAUUAAAUGGACAAACUGACAGGUGGAUCUCAGAGAGGGGAGGAGAAAAAAAAAAGGGGGGUGGGGCGUAUAUAAACAGAAUAAAACAGUCACUCUAUUCUUAUUUUUGAUACUUUUUUAUUUUUCCUUUUUUGUCUUUUCCUUUUUAAAGAAAAAAAAAAAAGCUGACUGUACAGAACUAAAUCUAUGUCUAUUCAGAGUUUUUCCAACUCAUGUCUCUGUGAUGGCAAAGAAAGAAAUGGAAAAGAGAGCGAGAUAUCCAUCAAGAAAAGAAAAAUUCCUAAACAACAAAUCAUUAAAACCUCCGACUCGACUCCAAAAAGGGAAUUUAAAACCUAAUCGUUUGCUUUGUAUGACUAAAACCAAAACAAAGAAAAUAAAUAAUGAACUCAGCGGAUCAAAUCAGUGGCGGUUGACAUAAUUUUUUUUGUUUUUGUUUUUUUUAAAUGAGGAAGAGGCAGUAUAAUAUAUAAACUCUUAACUUGGAUAGUUGCAUUGACUGCUUAAUCAUAGCCGAUGAUAUAAAA